AUGGCUCAGAGUAGGCAGAAGAGUUAUGCAGAUAAACGGCAAAGGCCGUUGGAGUUUGAGGUUGGUGAUCAUGUUUUUCUAAGAGUUUCACCUGUGAUAGGAAUCGAGAGGUCAAUCAAAGUAAAGAAAUUAUCUCCUCGAUUCAUGAAUCCAUUUGAGAUCUUCAGGAAAGUUAGGCCAGUUGCCUACCAAAUUGCCCUGCCACCACAAUUAUUUAGGAUUCAUGAUAUUUUUCAAGUUUCUCAACUGAAGAAAUAUCAACCUGAUCUAUCUCAUAUGAUUAAACCUAAAGAGGUAGAGCUGCAAGAGAAUAUGACUUAUCGAGUAGAGCCAGAACAAAUAGUAGAUGUUAAAGAUAAGCAAUUAUAG